AUGCUAAAACCAAAAUAUCAAUUUCUGUUCCUAUUCUUCUUUUCAAUAUUGUCUUGUUUAUCAUUCUCCACUGCUAUCAUAACCCAUAAGUUCAAAGAAGCACCGGAGUUCUACAAUUCCCCAGAAUGCCCCUCCCACGCUUCAAAUUCAAAUCCAACCGUUCAAGUCGCAAUGACACUAGACACAACAUACAUCCGAGGUUCCAUGGCAGCAAUCCUAUCAAUCCUCCAACACUCUUCAUGUCCACAAAACAUCUUGUUCCACUUUGUCUGUUCCUCUAACGCCUCCAACCUAAACGCCACAAUCUCAACCUCUUUCCCAUAUCUGAAAUUCCAUCUCUACACCUUCGACGCCACCACUGUCUCUGGCCUCAUCUCAACUUCAAUCCGUUCAGCUCUUGACUGCCCUCUCAACUACGCUCGCACCUACUUACCAAAUCUCCUACCACUUUCCGUUACCCGAGUCGUCUAUCUUGACUCCGAUCUCAUUCUCGUCGACGACAUUGCCAAACUGGCACAAACACCAUUAGGAGAAGACUCUGUUUUAGCAGCACCGGAAUACUGCAACGCCAAUUUCACAUCCUACUUCACUCCCUCGUUCUGGUCUAACCCUUCUCUGUCGCUAACAUUUGCCAACAGAAAGCCUUGUUAUUUCAACACGGGUGUGAUGGUGAUUGAUUUGGAAAAGUGGAGAGAAGGGGAUUAUACUGCAAAGGUUGAGGAUUGGAUGGAGUUGCAGAAGAGAAUGAGGAUCUAUGAACUGGGUUCUCUGCCUCCUUUUUUGCUUGUUUUUGCUGGGAAGAUUGCUUCCGUGGAUCAUAGAUGGAAUCAACACGGACUUGGGGGUGAUAAUUUUCGGGGUCUUUGUAGAAAUCUUCAUCCUGGUCCAGUCAGUUUGUUGCAUUGGAGUGGGAAAGGUAAACCUUGGGUUAGAUUAGAUGCUAAUAGACCUUGUCCUUUGGAUGCACUAUGGGCACCUUAUGAUCUAUUACAAACUCCAUUUUCUCUUGAUUCUUGA